AUGAAGAGACUGUCUGCGUGCUGCUAUGCUGGCGUGCUAAUUCUCUCCCCUCCAGCUGAUACCCGGUCUGGAGACUGCAGUCAGACACAGGCUGUGCAGAACGAGCUGUGUGAGGAUAUGGAAGAGGAAAACAGCAUAAAAAAACGAAAAGCUGAUCACCCCGGCAACCAAGACUCUCAGACUGGACAAGAGACGGUGGAGAAAGUGAAAAAGAAACGGGGUCGUCCUCCUGCCGAAAAACUACCCCCCAACCCUCCCAAACUCACCCGACAGAUGAACACCAUCGUGGACAUGGUGGUCAACUAUAAGGACAUGGUGGGUCGGCAGAUCAGCAAGGGCUUUGUCCAGCUGCCCUCCAGGAAAGAGGUGCCCGAAUAUUAUGAGCUCAUCCGGAAACCAGUGGACUUCAGGAGGAUUAGGGAGCGGGUUCGUAAUCACAAAUACAGGAGCAUUGCAGAUCUGGAGAAAGACAUCAGACUGAUGUGUCACAACGCCCAGACCUUCAACCUGGAGGGAUCUCAGAUUUUUGAAGACUCGGUUGUUCUACAGUCUGUCUUUGAGAGCGCCCGGCAAAGAAUCGUGGAAACCAGUGAUGAACACAGUGAUGAAGUGGAAGUGAAAACAGAGGCCACAAAUCCGGCGCUGGACUCCACGUUGGAGAGAAAUAAAAGUAGCAGUGCUAACGCUGACACUAAGACGAUGAACAUUUACAGAGAGAAAAGGGAAAGCACUGAUGAACGAAAGAACAAUAAAGGAAUAAAAGAGCAGUGA